CACAGGUCGUCAUCUUGCAGACCUUCCACUAAGUCCACAACUGGGGAAGAUGAUUUUGUAUUCAGUUGUUCUCAAAUGUGUGGAUCCUGUGGUAACCAUAGCUUGUGCUCUGGCGUACAGAGAUCCUUUCAUGCUACCCAUGUACCCAUCAGAGAAGCGUGCUGCAGCUGCAGCCAGGAAAAGAUUUACUUUAGAUCCAUUCAGUGAUCACUUGAUAUUUGUUCAAGUGUUUAGGGGCUGGCAACGAGCAAGAUCUGAAGGUUCUGACAAAAACUUCUGCCGCAGGAAUUAUUUGUCUCAAGCCACUUUAGAAAUGAUGGCAGGAAUGAGGUAAAAAGCUAUAUAGAUAUAAUUUUCAGUAAGCAGAUCUUGACAGGGCUUUCUAUAUGUUUGUGGUCAUCUGGUUACAUCAAUCUGGAAAUUCUUGUAAGUUGUAACAUUUAUUCAGUCCUGAAUUCCAGCCAUUUUGUGUGCGCUGCUGUAGGGUUUUAAAACAGCAGGUUUUCAGCUAACGUUUAACAUCAACUUUAACAUUUAGAAUAAUUAUGUUGUUUCGUUGGAGUUUCACAAAGGAACUGAAUAUUUGGGAAGCAAAAAGAACAACAACAACACAAAAAUAGGAGCCAUACACGUGUAGGUGAUUGUGUCCAGAACGGGACAGAAAAUUCCUUGGGUAUUUAUAUAACCUGUCAGGCAAACCUCUGCCAUUCUGGGGCUCUGUCUUGGUCUUAGAAAGAGGAAUUCAUAAUAAACCAGCACCUUUUCUCCUGACUGUGACUCCAUAAAAACACAGUCAAAGAGCAUUUUUAAGCAACCCUGCAAGCUGACAAUUCACCCUGCCCCUUCCAACGCCUCAUAUAUACGCAUGUUUUAUGACACAUAACAUCAUCAACUUUCCUCUUCACCUUUGAUACUAUUAUGAUAUUUGAAUGCUCUAGACUCUUUCCUUUGAGACAUGGGGUGGAAAUUUCAAGCCCUCCAUACAUAAUUGAGAACUUACAACAGCUUUAUAGGGUUGGGAGUAGGGGGAUGCUUUUUAUUGUGAUUUCCCUCUGUCUUCUUCUUGAUCAGCCCAGGCAUUUUAUACUUGACCAGUAUUUGCCACCAUUAGAUUCCCUCAGUACACUUGUCAUAUUUGUAACAUUCAAGCAACUAAAAUUUACUUAUCAUAUCGUUUUACACAGCUCUUUGAAUGUGUGGUUAACAUUUGUUAUUAAAUUCUCAGCCUCGG